ACUUUAGUAAAUGAUUAUCUUUACUCCAGCAGAAGGUAAAGGUUAGUGAGUCGAUUGGUGGAACAAAACGCAGCUUCUGGUUUUCCACCUCUCCAUACAAAGACGUUGUUAUUGUUACUCUUUCUAGUGCUUUUGCAUUUCACAGACAAGAUGAAGUUGGAGGAGUAUUUCCAGAGGAUUGGCUUUCGUGGGUUUCGUGACAAAGCAGAUCUUGCAACGCUGAAGGCGAUCCACAAGCUGCACGUCAUGUCGAUCCCAUUCGAAAACCUCAGCAUUCACUGCGGUGAGCGGAUCUCCAUGGACCUGGAGCUCAUUUUCAAUAAGCUGGUGAGGAGCAAACGUGGAGGCUGGUGCCUUGAGAACAACUACCUGUUUGGAUGGGUGCUGAAGGAAAUGGGCUUCAACACCACAACCUUGGGUGCCAACGUUUUCAGCAGUGCCCUCAACGACUAUGUUCCGGUAGAGAAUCAUCUCAUCAACCAAGUCAUGAUUGAUGGGAAAGCUUACAUCGCAGACGUGAGCUUUGGAGUGUCAUCCCAGGUGUUGGAGCCGCUGGAGCUCAUCUCGGAAAAGGAUCAGCCUCAAGCGCCGGGUGUCUUUUGUCUCACAAACAAUGGGGACACGUGGGUGCUGGAAAAGUCUGCUAGAAAACCAGAAGUGAUGAAUCCAGAUUUUGCCAAGUCCACCUUGAUAAACAGGAAAGAAAAAUACGCGAUUUAUAAAUUCACUUUGGCAUCUCGUGAGGCAGAACAUUUUCGAGUUCAAAAUGAUAAUCUUCAAACCAACCCAUUCUCCCUUUUCACCAAUAAAUCCAUCUGCUCUUUGCAAACCCCAACAGGGUUUAGGGCUCUGGUGGGAUGGACCUUCAGUGAGGUCACCUACAAACCUGAGGAAGGAGUUGACCUUAUAGACAUGAGGGACGUACCUGAUGACGAGAUAGAAAACGUUCUGAGGGAAAAGUUUAAUGUACUUUUGACCAACAAACUAAAGUCUCGAAACCAGAAAACUUCCUACACCAUCUGAGUCACAACUCCUUUUAAAAUAUGAAACCAAAGAAUGUGUUUUAUGUUGAUUGCAUUACUGACCGUAUGCAGUAAAUAUCUUGUUUUGAUUUUGUAUUGCAUGAAAAAGCUUUACAUUUUUGUGUUGUGGAAAUAUUGCACUCUAACCAAAAAUAAAUAAAUCAAAGAAUUAUUUUUAUUAAAGUCUUUUAAGUUUUUGGUUUUAAAAAUCUGCAUCUGUGUUUUUUGAAGUCUGUUUAGCCCACCAGAGAUUUCAUGCUUUUUGAAAUAUAAUUUUAUUGAACAUAAACUAGACCCCCUAUAGACUAUAAGACAACAAAGGUUUAGAAAAUGUAAACACGGCUGCCAAACAACAUCAUUCUGUUUUUUAUAAAGUUGGAAAAAAAAUAAACAAAAUUAAAAAAAAUCUUAGAUAACAUUAUGCAAGGAUUCAAAGUAAUAUUAGGUAUGAAAAAUAUUGUGAGGUUUCAAGAAAGAUCAAAAUAUUUUUCACGAAAAAUUCUUGGAAUUUAUUUUAAUUACUUAUUUGAAUGUAUUGAUAUGCAUGAUGAUAAGUUGGCUGAAUACUCUAUAAUUAUUUUCUUUGAUAGACGUUGUGAUAUUUCAUUUAUAAUAAAUACAAAGAAGUCACGAAAACUAAAUUUUUAGGACAUGACAAAUGUUGUUUAUUUUUUGUUUGUUUCACAAAGUGCGUCAUAUAUUACUACUUCAGCUGUAAGCUAUUUUUAAAGUUAGUCCUAAAAUAUGUUUGCUUUACAAUGUUAUAUUUAUUCAGAUAUAGGGUUUUAUGUUUCAUUUCUCUUUAUGAGUGAAUUGGGAAAUGUCUCUUUUAUAUAUCAUGUGUGAUGACUUAGUAUAAACUAAAUUUUGUAGAUUUUU